UGGGGGAUCGAUGCGACGGGUCUGCUGGCGAUUCGGGACCCCGCUCUGUGCGGGUUUGCGUUCGGUGUCACGGACACCCUGUCUGGACGCGGGGGCGGGCGGGGGGAAGCCCGUUCGGUGUAGCUGUAGGAAGAGUUCCAAGGGCAGAACUUCCCUAACUGUUCUCUUCAGGCAACAGAAAUGGAAAAGUUCUGUCUCCACUCAAGCAAAAAUGCCUCCUUGUGAUUUUGUACCUGAAAAAUACAAAUCCUAUCCAUAUGAACGUAUGCGGAAGAUUCGGGAACAUAAUAUUGCUCCUUCACUGCGAACGUAUUACAAGAAGCCAUUGUUGCUGCAUCAAGGGCAUAUGCAGUGGUUGUUUGAUUAUGAAGGACGAAGAUACCUUGAUCUCUUCGCUGGAAUUGUCACAGUCAGUGUUGGUCACUGUCACCCGAAGGUAACUAUGGCUACCCAGAAACAGCUUGCUCGCCUGUGGCACACCACUAAUAUCUACAUGCACCCAUCAAUCCACGAGUAUGCUGAAAAGCUGACUUCCCUUUUUCCAGAUCCACUGAAGGUGGUUUAUCUGACCAACAGCGGGUCGGAGGCCAAUGAUUUAGCCAUGUUCAUGGCAAGGCUACACACCCGUAACUUCGACAUCAUCUCUCUCAGAGGAGCCUACCACGGAGGCAGCCCUUACACACUGGGUUUGACAUCUGUUGGUUCUUAUAAGCAUGGUGUUGCCAAUGGCUUUGGCUGUACAACAACAAUGUUACCGGAUGUUUUUCGUGGUCCGUGGGGAGGCAGCCAUUGUAGAGAUUCUCCAGUGCAAACUGUUCGAAAAUGCAGCUGUCCUGAAGGUGCAUGUCAUGCAAAAGACCAGUACAUUGAACAGUUCAAAGAUACUCUCAACACUUCAGUGCCUAAGACAGUGGCUGGAUUUAUUGCUGAACCAAUUCAAGGUGUUAAUGGAGCUGUUCAGUACCCAAGAAAUUUCUUAAAGGAAGCUUAUCGACUGAUACGGGAAAGAGGGGGCAUUUGUAUUGCAGAUGAAGUACAGACAGGAUUUGGACGGACAGGUAGCCAUUUCUGGGGAUUCCAAACACAUGAUGUAGUCCCUGAUAUGGUUACUUUGGCAAAAGGAAUUGGUAAUGGCUUCCCAAUGGCAGCUGUUGUUACAACCAAAGAGAUUGCAGAUUCCUUGGCUCAAAACCUUCACUUUAAUACAUUUGGAGGAAGCCCUGUGGCCUGUGUAGUUGGAGCUGCAGUUCUUGAUGCUAUUGAAGAAGAUGGUCUACAAAAGAACAGUGAGGAUGUGGGAACAUACAUGCUACUGGAGCUGGCUAAAAUACGGGAUGAAUUCGAGAUUGUUGGAGAUGUUCGUGGCAAGGGACUUAUGAUUGGUGUAGAAAUGGUGACAGAUAAGGACAGUCGCUGCCCGCUUCCAGCUGAAGAAGUUGGUCAGAUCUGGGAGGACUGUAAAGACAUGGGGGUUCUGAUCGGCAGAGGAGGGCUCUACAAUCAGACAUUGAGAAUCAAGCCCCCUAUGUGCAUUACUAAAAACGAUGUCGACUUUGCUGUGGAAGUAUUCCGUACUGCUUUACAGAGACACAUGGAAAAAGCAGCUGCAAAGUAGACUUGAUUUGUUUCCUUGCCUAGC